CUCUUAUCUUAACUUCUCUAUACUUAGCUUAAUUAUUCCGAUCCUUUUUAAAAAGGGGAAAUGGGAAAUUGUGUGAAUAAGGGGGGAUCUUCAUCCAUGGUGUGGGCUGCCGAGGAUGAGGGGGAUGAGUGGCAAUGGGUAUCACAAGAAAAAAAAAUUCAGAAAAGUGGCGGUGAAAGUGGCGGCGGGUUGGUAGUAGGCGGUGACGGUGGUGAUAAAAACAGUAGCGCCACCGCGCCGCCCACGACGUUGAAGAUCACAAUCUCAAAGAAGCAACUCGAGCAGCUGCUUCUGCUGGCGAGGAAAGUGGAGAAUAGUAAUACUUCUAAUCAAGAAGAUCAAAUACUCUUGGCUAGAUUGUUGGCGGAUUCCAAUCAGCACGGCGGAGAUAAGGUGGCGAGGCAGCAGUCAUGGAGGCCGCGUUUGCAAAGCAUUCCGGAACUCAGUUGAACCGUCGCCCAGCCCGGAGAACUUUUUGUUCUUAGUUGGUGUACAUAUAUACAUAUACGAAUUGAAGUACUAUAUAUAUAGUCAUCGAUCGAUAUGUAGGUUGCUUGAAUUGGAUUAUUGGUGACAAUAUUAUUUGGUUAUUAGCAAUGCAAUUUGUUGCAUGUAACUUUAGCACCAGAUUUAGCACAAAGUCUGUUUUUUAUAUUGCAUGAUCUUAUGAAUUCUUCAAAGAUUCAUGGAGAUACAAGCAACAUUUAUCUCAACUGGGAGGACAAUAAAUUAAAUACCGCCAAGUGGUAUUGAUGUACGAAGUAUUUUAUUACCUCAACAAUUAAAUGAAAAAGAGUAUUCUAAAUAGCGCGAUGC